AUUCUGCCUGAUACACCUCCACCCAUCAGUUCAGUUCAGCUCGGCAAUAUUUCACGCGACGCGGCAAGGUAGUAGGUUGGCGAGCGCUGGAGCAGCAUACAGCAACAGAGAGGUAGUCUUUCCAGUUUUCUGGGAUUACAUCACCUAACCAAGAGAGCAAAGGCGCAAUCACAGGUGCUCUCGGAACACCAGUAACAGCCACAUCACUGCUUCUUUCUGACUUUGUUUCGCUCUUCAGGAUACUGAUACCCAUCAUCCAUCCAUCAUCCAUCACCAUGUCCACGCGAGACCUCAGAGACUUCAAACGGACCUUUCCAGCUCAAGGAUACUCGAGUCGUUUCCUGGCCGGGCUGGAACGUCCUGAAUGGGUGAAUCCCAUCCAGGAAGCGGAGAACAACCACGCAAUGGGGUAUGGCAUUCCGACCAAUCAAGAUGAAGAAGAUUUCGUCGCGAACGAGAAGAACUGGAAGGUUGUGGUACUGCGCUGGUUGCACUGGAAGCCCGUACAGAUGGCUCUUCUCAUGAUGUUAUUGCUGGAUGUCUUUAUCCUUUUUGUCGAGGUCUUCCUCAUGAGCUUGUUCCCCGCGUGCGCGAUCAUUGAACGGGAUGCCAUUUCUUGCUGUCCCUACGAGGAUGCCACUCAUUACGAUGAUGACCAUCAUCGAUUCCUGGGUGGCGGAGGUGGAGACGAUCAUCUCUAUUGCGACGCGGGGCUCAAGCCAAAGCAUGACUACACCGCGACCUGUGAUGACCACAAAUGGCACGUAGUACACGAAGUGGAAGAGGUGCUCUUUGGCGUUACCAUUUUCAUCCUCUCCACCUUUAUGGUAGAGCUGACCAUCGAGAUGAUUGCCUUGACGCCCUGUGUCUUUUUCCGACAGUUCUUUUACCUCCUGGAUUACACCAUUAUCACGACCAGCUUGGUAUUGGAACUGUCCUUUCACUUCCUGGACAACGACAAGAUUACUUCUGUCGUAGGUUUAUUGGUCAUUGCGAGAGUGUGGCGCUUUGUUCGAAUCGGCCAUGGUAUCGUUGGUAUCACCACGGAAGUCAACCACGAGAAGUUCCUCAAAUUGCUUGCCUACACCGAAAAGUUGGAAGAGAUCCUAGAAAAAGAAGAGUUGGAAAUGCCGGAUCGACCUGCGGCCAUGCAGGAUGCAUCGACACGGGAAGAUGACCCCGCCAUGAAGCGACAAUCCUCCAAGGGAGGACGAAUGAAGGAUUCCACCGAAUCGACGAGGUUGGAGAUGGAUAUGACAGUGUCUGAUCGGACAAUCUCCGAUAGGACCUUGACUAGGCCCGUCCUUGGUACGGACCAUACCUCUGUCACCCAAGAGUCGCAGUCAGAUAGUAGUAAGGAGAGGACGACACCACCAAAAAGUGUCAAGUCGGACGAUGAAGGUAACAGGAAGGCAGUGGACUGCUAAACGGUGGGAAUGGUUUAGGAGAGGCAAAUUUUGUGGAUUGUACCGUACACUGUUUCUAUACUGAUGGAAAACAUCAUUUCAUAACAUUAAGAGCCAAUGUAGGAUCAAAUCGUCGAUUGGUGGGGCUUUGCCUGGUUGCUGAUUUGUUGGAUGAUAUGGAAGCGCUGGAUUUACUCACUCGGUGGGGCAACGCCAAGGUGUAUGGGCUACACGUUGCGCUUGCAGGCCAACAUCGAACAUACAGGUGCACACGCAUAACGGGCCUAUAGUACCGGUACUAUAGUAGAGCCUUCAAGGAGAGACACUCAGCGAGUUACAACAGCUUCACUGCAUGCCAGCAGCAGCAAAUCGACGGGACAAUCUUGCCAGCGCAGAAGCGGAAAUCAACGAGGGCCCUUCGAAUGAAUUUGUGUGCUUGACGACUGCUUGGACAAUGAACUACACCUUACUGCGCACUAGCAACCACGAGAGCUCUAUCG